AUGCAUUCUAAGAACGCUCCCGUCGGCGUUUACACGCUGUACUAUAACCGCUUUUCAAUAUGUUCACUGAUGACACUAUUGACGAUCCGCUGGAAGGGCCAGCCAGCCUCGCUAGAACAGGCCAUUGAUAUCGUCGAAGAGGAAGUGGACAUCUACGCCGGUGAACAAAAUGAAGAGGAAUUCUUGAAGAAGAAUUGGAAAGGGCAGGUCCCUGUUUUACUUGGCCCUUGCGAUCUCAAGGUGACCGAUAGUCUUCAGAUCACCAAGUUUCUGGCAUCGAGAUAUACAGGACUGAUUCCCAGCGGCUGCGAAGACGUCAUCACCGCAAUGUUGAAUGAACUUCACCAAGUUUGGUUUGUAAGCCUCUCGUUCAGUGCUCAAGAAGGACGAGGGGCAGGCAUCCUUCUUCAGAUUCAAAAUAUCUUGGCCCAGCCAACCACCUCGGACGACUACAAGACCGCAUUGCAGAGAAAAUUGCAAUACUACGCCACCACCUAUCAAGCUGAUCCACAUGCUCCUGAAAUCGUAGCACGAGAAAAGCUCAAAACCCAGAAGUUCUUGGAAAAGAUCGCAAGAACUCGACAUUUUCACAACAUCGAACGAAAGAGCAAGUGGAUCUUUGGCGUUGAAAUUGGCCCAACAGCGCUGGACGCGCACACAGUCGUAUUCAUCGCUCGUCUGAUCGAUGCGGGCCACGCAAGCCUGAUCGGUAGUGACAUGUUGGAGUAUGGGACGCAACAUCUGGAGUCGAAUGCGUGGAGGGGCAUUGUGGAUGGGAACACGACACUGCAUAGCCUCUGGGAGCGGCAAGAAGCAGCCAAGACGAUGACGGUCGGCGGCGGGGCGGAGGCAUGA